AUGUACAACACCAACACAAAUCCCAUCCUCUCCAUCGACGUCUCAAUCUCACCUGCCGCCACCUUAAACGGCCAAGAAGUCAACGUAACGAUAAACAGCAAGCUUCCGAAGUUCAACCUCAUCAACAAUGCAUCUUCGAUAUACAACGCCAAACAGUCACUAUCGUCCGGGCUUCAGACGCCACGACACUCGCUCAAACGACGACGCACCGACGACGAUCUGCAACGAGAUAGGCGAAGCAAAGACGAGAGUGUGGAUUUCUGUCUCGCCGGCGUGAAUACGAGGACUCACUUCCGGAUCAGGCGGAGCGAUCCAUUCUGGCGGAGUCUUGAUGCUUUUGCAGAACGGAAAGGCAAGAAGGCCGGACAUUUGAGUCUCUUCUAUGAAGGGGAGUGGGUUUCGAGGAUUAGUACGCCGGAUGAUCUUGGUUUGUUCAACGGCGAGUGCCUCCAUGUUUACGAGAUGAUCCCGUAG